AUGGUCGUCGAAGCUCUGGUAAACAGCCAUUUGACACCAGAUGGUGUCACUGGAUAUUCUACGGCAAAUGGAGAUGAGCAAGUCAACGAUACAUUGGAGAGCAAUGGCACGGCAUCGUCAGCGCAGACCCCCAUCGCCAUCGUUGGCAUGGCCUGCCGCUUUGCUGGAGGGGCUACCAACCCAUCCAAGCUUUGGGAAUUGUGUACUGCUGGGAAAGAUGCGUGGUCACCCAUUCCGUCGCGGCGCUUUGAUGCCGACGCUUGGUAUCAUCCGGAUCCCCAGAGAGCGGGCAAGACUCACGUGAAGGGUGCUUAUUUCCUCGAUGAGGAUAUUUCCCUGUUUGAUGCCGGGUUCUUUCAAGUGUCAGAAAAUAUCGCGAGGGUGAUGGACCCUCAACUCCGGCUCCUCCUUGAGGUCGUCUAUGAAUCAAUGGAUGACGCUGGUAUUCCACUCCAGAAGAUUGCUGGCUCGAAUACUUCGGUAUUCACAGGCUGUUUCAGCAAGGAUUACCAUGAAAUACUGGCAAGAGACCCUGAGCUUGUCUCACAGACUGCCUUCGGAACUGGCACAGCUAUGCUUGCAAAUCGAAUUUCCCACUUCUACGACUUACGCGGGCCAAGCAUGCCGCUCGAUACCGGGUGCUCAGCAGGUCUGGUGGCACUUCAUCAAGGUUGUCGAAGCAUCUGGUCCGGAGAGUCAGACACCUCGAUUAUUGGUGGUUCAAACUUGCUUUUGAAUCAGGAUUCGUUCAUUGGAAUGUCCACCAUGGGUGUUCUCGGCCCUGAUGGAAGAUGCUUUGCUUGGGACGCUCGAGCUCAGGGAUUUGGACGUGGUGAGGGCGUUGCAGCGCUCAUCCUGAAGCCGUUGAGUGCAGCGUUGCGAGAUGGCGAUCACGUACACGCAAUCAUUCGAGAAACCGGUGUGAAUCAAGAUGGAAAUACACCCACAAUAUCGUCUCCGUCACUGGAGGCCCAAAUCAAGCUGAUUCGGGACUGCUAUAAGCGUGCUGGUCUUGAUCUCGCCGAAACGGGAUACGUUGAAGCCCACAUGACCGGCACCGCUGCUGGAGACCCUAUCGAGGCCGAAGCCUUGGCUAGAACUUUUGGGCAGAGACGCAAAGUUCAGAACUCUGGCCCCCUUCUUGUCGGUUCCGUCAAGACGAAUAUUGGCCAUACAGAACCCGUCAGCGGUAUCGCGUCAGUUAUCAAGACCGGCUUCGCUCUGAAGUAUGGAUUGAUUCCUCCCAAUCUGAAUUACGAGACAACACACCAAAACAUCCAUCUGGACGAAUGGAAUCUGCAGGUCUCGACAGCUUUGACACCUUGGCCAGAGGAUAAACCUUUCCGAGCUUCAAUCAACAAUUUUGGCUAUGGCGGAACCAACGCACACAUCAUCAUGGAGCGGGCUCCGGCAAUGGAUUGUGAGAGAGAAAAGUUCGAAGAUGGGCAUCAACAGAUCCUGAACCGAUCUCGCGUCUACAUCCUCAGCGCCAAAGAUUCAGUGGCGGCCAAAAUGAUGGCGAAACGACUUGCUUCACACAUCCGUGAGUUGAUCAAGGAGGACAAUGACAAAACCAACUCUAUUCUCUCGGAAAACCUCAUAUACACGCUGGCAGAGCGGCGAUCACUACUUCCCUGGGUGAUCUCUGUCCCUGCCAAAGACCUGCAACAGCUUUGUGAGCGCCUAGAAUCGCCGUCGAUCAGACCAUAUCAUUCGACUAGACGACCAGUACGACGUCUUGGCUUUGUUUUCAAUGGCCAGGGAGCGCAAUGGUACGCCAUGGCAAGGGAACUCAUCCGGGAUUAUCCUCUGGUUGAAUCGCGGAUCUGCGAGGCCGACAAGAUUCUAAAGAAUGAAUAUGGCGCAACGUGGUCACUCUGUGCUGAAUUGAUGCGCGACGAACUUUCAACUCGAGUAUCCGAGGUCAAUCUCUCUCAGCCCAUGACAGUUGCUGUCCAGCUUUGUCUCGUGGACCUUCUUGAGUCAUGGGGUAUCACUCCUUCGGCCGUGACUAGCCAUUCCAGCGGCGAGAUUGCAGCUGCUUAUGCAAUUGGGGCAUUAUCUUUCAAAGAAGCUCUUGGCGUUGUCUACUAUCGCGGUGAACUUGCCCGAAUGCACCAAAAGCGCUCCACCCUUGACGGAGGGAUGCUUACCGUUGGUUUGGGACCUGAAAAUGUCAAGGCGUACCUUCCAGUUAAUGAUGCAGGCGGUCGCGUAGUUGUGGCUUGUGUCAACAGUCCGAAUAGUGUCACGCUCUCAGGUGAUACCGAAGCCCUUGCUGAGGUCCAUUCUCGGCUAGAAAAAGACGGCGUCUUCAACAGGAAACUAAACGUACCAAUGGCAUACCACUCUCAUCAUAUGCUGCAUAUGGCCGAGGACUACACUCGAGAACUAGAGACUAUUCUUUCCUCGACGGAUACGGAUAGCCAGAGGAAAAGAAAUGUCGUGUUCUCAUCACCGGUGACCGGUGAGCGCAUCACAUCAAUCGACAUCUUGAGGUCUCCUUCCCAUUGGGUUGAUAAUCUUACAAAGCCUGUACUUUUCCAUCAGGCUUUGGAAAGUAUGUGCUUUGAUUCGAACUCAAUAGGUGGUACUCCGGAUGUGGAUCUGCUUAUUGAGAUUGGAGCACACAGCACCUUGUCAGGUCCGAUAAGAGAAAUCCUCAAAGUCAGAGAACCAAGCGUCGAACUUCCAUAUUUCUCUUGUCUUAAAAGGCCGAUCGAUGCGGUUGAAACCAUGCAAGAGCUCGUGUGCGAGCUACUGCAUCGAGGUUAUCCGCUGAACCUGAAACCGGUGAAUUUCCCGCUGGGCCACGAAAAGCCCACAUUUCUCACUGGUCUUCCAUCAUAUCCCUGGAAUCAUACAGUCAAAUAUUGGAAUGAGCCGAGGAUAAGUAAAGAACUACGGCACAGAAAGUUCUUACCACAUGAACUGCUCGGCAGUCCUCUAGCCACCGCCACCAGCAGCGCGCCCACAUGGAGAAACUUCUUGCGCCUGUCAGAAAUGGGGUGGCUCGGAGACCACAAGGUCGACGGAAAAGUUGUGCUACCCGGUGCUGGCUAUGUCGCCAUGGCCAUUGAGGCCAUACGUCUCCUGACCGAUGAAUCGGAGGAGACAAUCUGGGGUUACCGAUUGCGUGAUGUUAAUAUCACGAACGCGCUAGUGAUCCAAGAGUCUAUGGUCGGAGUGGAGGUACAGAUCUUCUUGCGUCGUUGUAGGGAUACGGAUCUCGAGCGCUCAGGAUGGUAUGAAUUCGAUGUCUGUUCUCUGGGAGCUGGCGAUCUCUGGGUAGACAACUGUAAGGGAUUUGUCAUGGCCGAGACAGGAACUCAAGUCAAGGUUGCUACAACAAGGGAAUCAAAACCACCAAACCGAGACUCCUAUCUAAAAUUCGAAACAUCCGAAGUGACCGACGUCGACAUUGCAUCGCUAUUUGACAGUCUUAACAAGAUGGGUAUAAACCAUGGAGACACCUUCCGGAAUUUGGAGGACAGUCAUGCGGCAGGAAACAAAGCCUUUACCAAGUUUCGGGUUGCAGACAUCGCAUCACCAAUCAGCAAAGCCAAUCACUAUGUCCUGCAUCCAACGACGCUCGAUUCUAUCUUCCAGACAACGUACAGUAGCUUACCUAAAGAUCAAACGGCAGGCUCAAUGGUCCUUCCCCGGUCGAUUCGCACCAUGUUCGUACCAGUAAACCUUGGUCGAAAUGGUGGUGACAAGCUGCAAUCCUUCACAGAGCUGAUCAGUCUCGACAAACGGGGCAUUGUCUCGAAUGUCAAGGUUGUGAAUGACAAAGAAGGUGACGAUGCUAAUGAAUCAGACUCAGUCUUCGAAAUGCAAGAUUUCUUCUGCCAGGCCGUCCCUCGUGACUGGAAUGACGCAGGGGAUAAUGCAGAGCCGUCGGGAAUAUGUUCCAAGCUCUGUUGGGAGCAGGACAUAUUACACCACGUUCCAGAAGAUUUCCGAAAGUCUUUGAUGAUCCCAUUGGCCGAAGAUGAGGCUGAACAAGAGAGAAAGCGUGUUCGAGCAUCGUAUAAUUUCAUCAACGAUGCUGUCUGUGAGCUCGAAGCGGCUGGGCCUCCCAAUCAAGACUCCUGGAAAUGGCACCACAAAUUGUUUUAUGAUUGGAUGAAAAAGAUUGUGGAAUCUGGCAAAUGCGGUGAAUUGCGGACUGGCAGUGAAACAUGGUCCAAAGCGACACGAGGCAUCAAGCAGAUGCUUGCGGACGAGCUUGCAGUUGGGUCACCAACCGACCAACUGCUCGUAAGAGUCGGCGCCAAGCUGGCAGCUAUCGUAAGGGGCGAGGUCACUCCGCUCGAGCUGAUGAUGCAGGGAGGGUUGUUGAACCAGUACUAUAGGGACCAUAGCGUAGUUGUCGCACGUGUCGGCACGCACGUGAGAGCCCUGAUGGAGCGAUAUGCCGUGAAGCAGCCAGGAGCGAACGUCCUGGAGGUCGGGGCAGGUACUGGAGCUGCAACAAAGAUGGUGCUGGAAGCAUUUGGCUCCAGAGGCGUUAAGGAUGGGUUUGGAGGAUCCCUGCUCGGUCACUAUACCUUUACUGAUAUCUCGCAAGGGUUUUUUCAAGCUGCACGUGAGACGUUUGCGGCCUGGCAAGGAAUGAUGGAUUUCAAGCAGUUGAACAUUGAGGACGACCCUGUCGAGCAGGGCUUCAAAGCCGGCCAUUAUGACUUGAUAGUAGCGGCCCUGGUGCUCCACGCCACCAAAAAUCUGUCCAAGACAUUAUCAAACGUUCGGAAACUGCUCAAGCCGGGUGGGAAGCUGCUGCUCAUUGAAUCCACGCAAGACCGUCUUGAUACACAGAUGUCCUUCGGUACCCUUCCUGGCUGGUGGCUAGGAGAGGAACCAGAUCGCAAGACGAGUCCUAACGCAGCGCUCGACGUCUGGGACCGGGUGCUCCGCAAGACAGGUUUCAGCGGUGUCGAUUUUGAGAUACCCGACUAUCAGGAGAAGGAAUUUCAAUCGUCGAGCACAAUCCUGUCCACUGCUACGAGCACGACAGAACAGUUCUCGUUGAUGGGUCCACUUUCCAUCGUAUAUUCCAAAGACCGUCCCCCUCAGGAAUGGUUAUCACAAUUUGUCGAUCAGAUCCAUGCGUUCACGAAGAUCUCUCCCUCGAUUGAGAGCCUAGAUAUAGAUCAACCCAAUCAUUGGCAAGAUAAGAUCUGUAUAUUUACUGCAGAGAUGAACAAUCCGUUCGUGGAUGGAAUAGACGAAGCUGCCUUCGCAAGAUUGCAGAAUCUCCUCGUCAACAGCCGAGGGGUUCUAUGGUUGAGCUGUGGGGGCCUAAUGGAUGCCACGAAUCCAUCAUCUGCACUGAGUCAAGGUCUCCUAAGGACUUUGAGAGUGGAAGAUCGAAGCAAGCGCUAUGUCCACCUGGACUUCGAGCAUAACGGUAAGGCAUGGGCGAGUGACAAUAUUCCCCACGUCAUCCAUGUCCUCGUACAGAGCUUCAACGCCGGGAUCGAGAAUCAGACGGCUGAUGACAGUAUUGAAUGUGAAUAUUCUGUCAAGGAUUCGAUGCUGCAUGUACCAAGACUUUUCAUGGACAAGUCUCAGAGUCGGAUAGCCAGCGCCAAGCAAAUUGAUCCUGAGCCCGAGCUCCAACCAUUCCACCAACCUGGUCGCCCGCUGGUCUGGGAGACCUCUAGCACGGGUCUUUUGAGUGAUCUACAUUUCACUGAGAUGCCAGAUUUGGCGGAAUCCGACGUUCCUGACGGUAUGGUUGAGAUUGAGGCAAAGGCGUACGGCUUGAACUUCCGCGACGUCCUUGUUGCGCUGGGUCAGUUAGACGAGACCGUUAUAGGACAUGAAUGCUCUGGCGUUGUGACUCGACUAGGUCCCAACACCGAGAAGAGCGGUCUUCAGAUCGGUGACAGGGUUGUAAGUUUGAGCCUAGGUCGAUAUGCGAGUAUUUCGCGCACCUACUGGACAAGCGUGGCCAAGUUACCCGACGAUAUGUCUUUCGAAGAUGCAGCGUCAAUCCCGACCGCCUAUGCAACAGCCUAUCACUCUCUUUACCAUAUCGCGAGGCUGCAAAAGGGCGAGUCGGUGCUGGUCCACGCAGCCGCUGGAGGCUUUGGCCAGGCCUGCGUAGUGUUGGCACAGCAUGUCGGCGCCGAGGUUUUUGCUACCUGCAGUUCCAGAGCUAAACGAGAUCUUCUGAUGAAGGAAUAUGGUAUACACCCGGACAUGAUUCUCUCAAGCAGAGACACAAGCUUCGCACCAGCAAUCAUGGCUGCAACCAAUGGCAAGGGAGUCGAUGUUGUGGUCAAUUCGCUAUCAGGAGCCAUGUUAAAAGCGACAUGGGAUUGCAUUGCCAGAUUCGGCCGAUUCAUCGAAGUCGGAAAGAUGGACCUUGAGGCGGGUAGACACCUCGAAAUGACCCCGUUUCGACGCUGCGCAAUGUAUGCGGGUGUUGAUCUUCUUCAACUUCAUGAAUUUAAUGGACCAUUGAAUCUCGCGGCCCUCACAGAGAGCGUCCGCAUCUGUAACGAGCGACAGGUAAAGACCGGCCAUAAGCCAGUCAGUCCCAUCACGCCGUUCUCCAUCUCAGAGAUCGAAAAGGGUAUGCGUCAAAUGCAAGGAGGCACACAUAUGGGCAAACUGAUCCUGGUUCCCCGCGCUGGAGACCUUGUCAAGGUCACCUCACGACCCCGUCCAAUUUCAUUAAGACGUAUCGACGCCACUUAUCUCGUUGUCGGUGGGUUGACCGGGGUUGGCAGUGCAAUCGCUGAAUGGAUUAUCACAAAGACCGGUGCUAGAAAUGUGUUACUGACGUCCCGAAAUGCAACUUCGCAUCCAGCUGCUCAGCGACUCCGGGACGAGGGUGAGAGGUGUGGUUGUAAUGUUGUGAUUCGCGACUGUGAUGUCGCCGACGAGAAGAGCUUUCUUAAAUUUCUUGCCGAGUGCUCUGAUGCGGGCAUGCCGCCUAUUCGGGGCGUCGUGAAUGGUGCCAUGGUCCUGGAUGACACUGUUCUCGAACGCAUGCAGUAUGAUCAAUGGGUCCAUGUUGUGCGGCCCAAGACUGUGGGCAGCAUCAACUUGCACAAGCACCUGCCCAAUCUGGACUUCUUCAUCAUGCUGUCGUCCUUACUCGGCGUGUUAGGUCACACAUCCCAGUCUAACUACGCAGCUGGGAAUGCCUUCCAGGACGCAUUGGCGAGGUACCGCACGCGAAAAGGUCAGCCCGCUGUCACGCUGGAUUUGGGAGUCGUCCGUACUGUGGGAUACGUCGCAGAUCAAGAGAAUCGUGGUGACGAUCACAUUCGUAAGCGUUUUGAGAAGCUGCAUCUAUACUGUAUGGAGGUCCCUCAGGUGCUACGCCUUGUCGAGGCCGCUAUUCGUGAGCCAUUGCGAGCGGCGUCACCUGCCAGUAGCCAAGUGAUCAUUGGCAUUACAGAGCAGAUGCCCGCGAUGUGGGAGAGUGCCAUGGUGAAGGAUCGGCGUCUUGGCACUCUUCAGCUGGCGAACUCGCGCUCACGGACCAGGAGCUCAGCAUCCGAUUCUGGUGAAGGAGAGGCCACGGCUGCGCUGGUCCGCGCUCUAUCCAGCCCGGGCAUCACCUUAGAGGAAGCUGCAGCUCAUCUCGUGGAUGCUCUUGCGGCCAAGCUUGCAGUAAUCUUUAACAUAUCAGCACAAGAGAUUGACGUUAGCCUGCCCCUGGCACGCUAUGGUGUCGACUCCCUUGUUGCAGUGGAAUUGCGAAAUUGGCUAAGCAGCACUAUUCGCGCGAAGGUUUCUGUCUUUGAAAUCCUUCAAAGCGCGUCCCUCGUUGAGUUUGGUUCCCUGCUAGCGACCAAGAGCGAGUUCUGUGCUUCGAAAUUAGCGGCUACCAAUGGAGAAUCAGAGAAUGUUAUCAAUGGAGUCCCGGAGGAGGAGAAUGUCUCGAAUGGAGAGCCAGAGAAAGCAGAUGUUAAUGGGGAAGUUUCCAGUUGAGAGAAAGGUGAAGAGUUUCGGUUUAGAUUUUGAACAACUUCGUCGUUGGUAGUGGAUUUAUCACUUGCAGUCAUUUUUCCGAGCAAUUCCAGACAUACUCGGGAAAUCUCAUAUGUAUGACUCGGUUUCUCAGACAAGCAGAUGAACGAGGUUCGAGCCUUUAUUAUCAGAUCUAAAGAGGGCCGUUACACGCUAUAUAUAUAUAUAUACAGCCAAAAACCGGUUGAAGUCCUAGAGCUUAGCGUCUUUCAUAUAAGCACUUAAAAAAACAAAGU